AUGUCUGCCUCAACGCCCCAGUCAAUCCCUCAAUCCUCCACAUCCCCCUGGAUUAUCCUCGCAAUCACGAGCGGCGCCUUCGCUGCAUUGAACGGUGUUUUCGCGAAAUUAACCACAGACAACCACACAACGGCCUUUGCGCAAUCCCUCGCCCACCUCUUCGGUCUGGACUCAUCGCCUGUGAUUGAGAUGCUUACUCGAGGGCCCGAGCCCAAAUAUUAUCCGUCUACUACAACAUACAUGUAUAACUGCCUGUCUUGGUCUAAACGUCCUCUGCAACGUAAUAAUGUGGGCGCUUUUCACACGCGCGCUAACAGCCGGCCCGUCGACGGUCAAAGUCUCCAUCACGAAUACGGCGUCGAACUUCUUGGCGACGGCGCUGUUUGGGAUGAUUGUUUUUCAGGAGGCUGUUGGCGGGCUUUGGUGGUUGGGGGCUGCGAUGAUGGGGGCUGGGUGUAUUUUGGUUGGGAUGCGCGAGGGGGCUUAGCUUUUGGAUAG